AUGACCUCUGUUCGCUGGGCUUUCCGCUGUGGAUCUUGGACCCCGAGCAGGUCGGACUGGCUCUUUGCUGCUCGAUGCAUUCAGCAAGAAGAGAAGGACCGAAUCGGACAGUUUGUUUUCGCCAAGGAUGCUAAAUCAGCUAUGGCUGGCCGCUUGCUGCUCAGGAGGUUCGUUUGCGAGAGAAUGGGGAUCCCGUGGUCUGAGAUCAGACUGAAGCGAUCUCCCCGAGGAAAACCAUACCUGGAUGCACCACUGAAGGUCAGUCCAGAUUCGGACAAGUCCUGGAAUUUCAACAUAUCUCACCAAGGAGACUAUGCAGUGCUGGCUGCAGAGCAGGGGAUGCAGGUCGGGGUGGAUGUGAUGAAGACCACAAUGCCAGGUAGCAGUUCUGUGCCAGAGUUUUUCCGCAUCAUGACUCGUCAGUUUACAGAGUACGAGUCGAGCACCAUCCAAUCGGUCGGCUCGGAGCACCAGCAGCUCGUCGCGUUCUACCGCCACUGGGCUCUGAAGGAGAGCUUCAUUAAGGCCAUCGGCACCGGUCUGGGCUUCAACCUGCAGAGGGUGGAGUUUCACCUUUCUCCUGAAGUGCUGAUGCAGGGCAAGGUGCUGCGCCAGACUCGGAUGCAUCUUGAUGAGGAAGAGGAAGAAGACUGGGUAUUUGAAGAGAGCCUGUUGGACGCUGACCAUCAUGUUGCAGUAGCACUUGGACAAGCAGACAAACCAGACGCUGAUCCUCUUCAUUUAUCUCUUCCUCCUCCCACCACAUUUGCGCUGUUGUCGUUCAGUGAACUCAUCGCCUCGGCCUCCCCUCUGACCGAAGAAGAUCCUGCCUAUUGGGAGAGCUUCCAAAUUAAGGCCGAGUCUACGCAGAGACAGAGGGAUACACACACGUUUCCAUGA